AUGGCGGGCCUACACAUGACCGCCCAAAUGCUGGAGGAUGUGACCUGUGCCAUCUGCCUGGAUGUCCUACGAGACCCUGUCACCGUUGAUUGUGGGCACAACUUCUGCUUGCAGUGCAUCAGUCAGGUGGGGAAAACGUCAGAGACCAUCCAGUGUCCUCUCUGCAAACUCUCUGUGAAUAAGAACACGUUCAGGCCCAAUAAGCUGUUGGCUAGUCUUGCAGAGAAAAUCCAGGCCAUGGAUCCUGCUGAGACCCAAUUAGAAGAGGAAGAGAGAAGAUGUCAGAGGCACAAAGAAAAGCUACAUUACUUCUGUGAGGAGGAUGGGGAGUUCCUCUGUGUGGUGUGUCGUGAAUCCCAGGUCCACCGAUCCCACCAUGUCACCUUGAUAGAGGAGGCUGCCCAGAACUACAAGGAACAGAUUGAGUCCCAGGCCCAGGAUUUGCAGCAAAAGGACAAGAAAAUAAUUGAAGAGAAAAAGCAAGGUGAAGGGGCAAUCCUGGUGUUCAGGGCCCAGGUGCAGCUGGAGAAACUGAAGAUCCGUGAGGAAUUCAAGCAUGUGCGUCAGAGACUGGAUGAAGAAGAGAGUUUCCUCCUGUCCAGGCUGGACUGGCUGGAGCUGCAGGGAGCUGAGCAGAUGGGACAGUAUGUCAGUGUGAUUGAGAAGCAGCUCACCUCCCUCAGGGAGCUCACUGAGUCCCUGAAAAGUAGGAUGGAAGUACCAUCCAUGGAGCUACUAAAGGACGUCAAAGGCGUCUUGAGCAGGAGUAAGGAACUUCAGUUUUUCAAGCCAAGCCCAGUUCCUGUGUACCUGGAGAGAAAAAUCAGUAAAGCAAAAGCGAGACUCGAGUCCAUCACAGAGAGCCUGAAGGAAUUCAAAGACAACCUGAAGGAUGAUUGGAAGAAGGAUAAAAUUUCAUUCCUGGACAGCCUGAAUAAAGAGGAAUUGGAGAUCUGGUCCUUGUCACAGAAGAAUAAGUCAGAGUUGCCCAGCUCAGUCCCUGUGACCCUGGAUACGGCCUCAGCUGACCCAGACCUCACGUUUUCUCAGGAUCUAAAGAAAGUGACCUUGUAUAUGGUUGGCAGAGCAGCUUUGAAUGAGCAGGCAAAACCUCGACUGUUCAAUGCUUUCCACACUGUGAGGGGUUCCCCAGGCCUCUCCACAGGCCACCAGGUGUGGGAGGCAGAAAUCCAUAGUCCCUCUGGUGGGUGGUGCAUGGUGGGUGUGGCCACAGGGUCAGAUCUACAGGUCCAGAGUCAGAGCUCCAGCGCACGGAGCUGCAUAUGGGCACUGAGGGUCUCAUCCUCAAGAUGCCAGCCGUUCUCCAAUUGCAAUGCCCUGGAAAGUAUCCAGGUCAGUCUUCAGAAAGUGGGCGUCUACGUGGAUUAUGACUGUGGGAGAGUCGUCUUCUAUGAUGCCAUCACCAGGAAACACAUCUAUACUUUCCACACUUCCUUUGACGGGCAGAUCUUCCCCAUUGUAGGGCUUCAAUCUGCCCCCAGCCAUAUCACCCUGAGCCCCUAG